AUGAACAGCGUAAACCCAAACCUCCCCCCAGUCCGAGCCUGCCUCUUCGACAUGGACGGCCUCCUCAUCGACUCAGAGGACCUCUACACAGCAAUCACAAACAAAGUGCUGCACUCGUUCGGCAAGCCCGAUCUGCCCUGGUCCAUUAAGGCGCAAUUGCAAGGCCGGCCGCAGCCUGAGGCAGCACGGAUCUUCUCCGACUGGGCCCAGCUCCCCAUCCCACACGAGGAGUACAUGGCGCGGAUCUCAAAGAUGCAGGCGGAGCUGUUCCCGACUACGAAGCCGCUCCCGGGUGUAGAGUCUCUGCUGAACACGCUCGCCGCUACGCAGGGGACUUCGAGCCCCGUGCACAUUGCGCUGGCGACAUCGAGCCACGCGCGGAACUACCAUCUGAAAACGGGGCAUCUGGCGGAUCUUUUCUCGGUGUUUCCUGAGAAGCAGCGGGUGCUGGGUGAUGAUCCGCGGAUUGGGAAGGGAAGGGGCAAGCCGCUUCCUGAUAUCUACUUGCUUGCGCUUGAGACGAUAAAUACGGCUCUGAGGGAGAAGGGUCAGAAGGAGAUUACGCCGGAGGAGUGUCUUGUUUUUGAGGAUGCGGUGCCCGGUGUUGAGGCUGGACGGCGCGCGGGGAUGAGGGUUGUUUGGGUGCCGCAUCCGGGGCUGUUGGAGGCAUAUAAGGGGCGCGAGGAGGAGGUGCUUGCUGGGUUGACGGGAGAGCAUAAGGAUGAGGAGAAGAGUGUGGCUGAGAGGGAGGCGGAUGCGAUGGCGGAGGAGAGAUUGCAUGCGAAGAGUGCGGGGAAGCCGGGGAAGAUCGGGGAUGGGUUUGCGGAGAUCCUGGGGAGCUUGGAGGGGUUCCCGUAUGAGAAGUAUGGGAUGAAGGUUGUCAAUAAUGGCGAUGCUUGA